AUGAUGAUCUCCCAGUUCUUCGUCUUGUCUCAGCGAGGAGAUAACAUCGUCUUCCGUGACUACCGAGCUGAGGUACCAAAAGGCAGCACAGAGACAUUCUUCCGUAAAGUCAAGUUCUGGAAGGAGGAUGGAAAUGCAGAGGCACCACCUAUCUUUAAUGUCGAUGGUGUGAACUACUUCCAUGUCAAGGUUGUUGGUCUGUAUUUUGUUGCGACAACAAGGGUUAACGUGUCACCAUCUCUUGUUUUGGAGCUUCUACAAAGGAUUGCUCGUGUUAUUAAGGAUUAUCUUGGUGUUUUGAAUGAAGAUUCUUUCAGGAAAAACUUCGUGCUCGUGUAUGAGUUGCUCGAUGAAGUAAUUGAUUUUGGUUACGUGCAAACUACAUCAACCGAGGUUUUGAAAUCCUAUGUAUUCAAUGAGCCAAUUGUGGUUGCUCCUACACGCCUUCAACCUAUUGAUCCUGCUGCCAUCUUCACGCAGGGAGGCAAAAGAAUGCCUGGAACAGCAGUUACAAAAUCGGUUGUGGCUAAUGAGCCUGGCGGUCGGAGAAGAGAGGAAAUUUUUGUGGACAUCAUCGAGAAAAUAAGUGUUACUUUUAGUUCAAGUGGUUAUAUACUGACUUCUGAGAUUGAUGGCACCAUUCAAAUGAAGAGCUAUCUUUCUGGUAAUCCAGAAAUUCGUUUAGCUCUUAAUGAAGACCUAAACAUAGGAAGAGGAGGAAGAUCAGUAUAUGAUUAUAGGAGUUCUUCAGGUUCUGGGGUGAUACUUGAUGAUUGUAACUUUCAUGAGUCUGUUCGCCUCGAUAGCUUUGAUUCGGAUAGAACUUUGUCCCUGGUUCCACCAGAUGGUGAAUUCCCUGUAAUGAAUUACCGUAUGACUCAGGAGUUCAAGCCUCCUUUUCAUGUUAAUACCUUGAUUGAAGAGGCCGGGCGUCUUAAGGCUGAAGUUAUUAUUAAAAUACGCGCGGAGUUCCCUCCAGACAUAGUUGCAAACACAAUUACUAUUCAGAUGCCAUUACCAAAUUAUACUUCCAGGGCAAGUUUUGACUUAGAACCUGGUGCGGUUGGACAGAGGACCGAUUUCAAGGAAUCUAGCAAAAUGCUUGAAUGGGGUUUAAAGAAGAUUGUUGGUGGGGCUGAACAUACACUGCGUGCAAAGUUGACAUUUUCGCAGGAGUUUCAUGGUAAUAUCACAAAGGAAGCAGGGCCGGUCAGCAUGACGUUCACCAUACCAAUGUACAAUGUUUCCAAACUUCAGGUCAAAUACUUGCAGAUAGCAAAAAAAGUAAGUAGUUACAAUCCAUAUCGUUGGGUGAGAUAUGUGACACAGGCCAAUUCGUAUGUGGCUCGUAUAUAA